CAACAUUUGGAGAUGGCUACUGACAGCAGACUGAAGAGUAAGGUGACCUCCGCCUUCAAGAUGCACGGACUGCUGCUGCGGGCGGAGGCCAGCAGGUAUCUCAGUGAAGUCCUAAGGUCUGUAAAUGAAGUGGAACUUGAAGAUGUAAUUGACAGUAUCAUUGGUGCCGUUGAGAAGCAGCCAUUGUCCUCCAACAUGAUUGAGAAGUCUGCAGUGGAGACGGCCGUACAGGAAUGCAGCCGGUCCUGUGAUGAAACAAUAGAGCACAUCUUCAAUAUUAUUGGAGCGUACGACAUACCCCGUUUCAUCUAUAACUCUGAGAGAAAGAAGUUCCUACCUAUAAAAAUAGCCAAUCUUCCAGAACCCAACCUGUUUGGAAGUGGAAGGGACAAAGCAGAUUUAUUCCGCGAGAGAUACACAAUCCUCCAGCAGAGAACGCACAGACAUGAGCUCUUCACCCCCCCUGUGAUUGGCGCACACCCUGAUGAGAGCAGGAGCAAAUUUCAGCUCAAAACUGUUGAAAACCUUUUGGGGAGUGCUGCCAAGAUGGGAGAUGUCAUUGUACUUGGAAUGAUAACUCAGCUAAAGGAGGGCAAAUAUUUCUUAGAAGAUCCUACUGGAGCAGUGCAGCUUAAUCUCAGCAAAGCCCAGUUCCACAGCGGUCUGUACACAGAAUCCUGUUUUGUUCUAGCAGAAGGCUGGUAUGAAGAUAAAGUAUUUCAUGUAAAUGCCUUUGGAUUUCCGCCCACCGAACCCUCCAGCACAACGCGGGCAUAUUAUGGCAAUAUGAAUUUUUUCGGUGGGCCCUCUUCCACGUCCGUGAAAGCUUCUGUAAAACUGAAACAGCUGGAGGAGGAAAAUGAAGACGCCAUGUUUGUGUUUUUAUCAGAUGUCUGGUUGGACCAGGUGGAAGUGAUAGAGAAGCUUCAUACCAUGUUUUCAGGUUACUCCACAGCUCCUCCGACCUGCUUCAUCUUUUGUGGCAACUUUUCUUCUGCGCCAUACGGGAAAAAUCAGAUUAAAGCACUAAAAGACUCCUUUAAGAAUCUAGCCGAUGUGAUACAUGAGUACCCAAACAUACGCAAAAGCAGCCGUUUUGUCUUCGUACCCGGUCCUGAGGACCCUGGGCCCGGUUUCAUCUUGCCAAGACCUCCUAUUGCGGAACACAUUACGGAAGAAUUUAGACAACGAGUGCCUUUCUCCAUUUUCACUACAAAUCCAUGCAGAAUUCAGUACUGCACACAGGAAAUUGUGGUCUUCCGGGAGGAUCUGGUGAAUAAAAUGUGCAGGAACUGUGUACGCUUCCCAAGCAGCAGUUUGGAUAUUCCCAGUCAUUUUGUCAAAACCAUUCUGUCGCAGGGACAUCUGACGCCACUUCCGCUUUUUGUCAGCCCUGUCUACUGGGCAUACGAUUACACUCUGAGAUUAUAUCCUCUGCCUGAUUUAGUCGUCAUAGCGGAUAAAUAUGAUCCAUUCACCGUCACAAAUACGGAAUGCCUGACCGUCAACCCUGGUUCAUUUCCAAAAAGUGGAUUUUCCUUCAAGGUUUAUUACCCAUCUAGCAAAACAGCUGAAGAUAGCAAACUGCAGAAUGUUUGAAUUGAAUAUGAAGAUAAAUCGUGAUCAUCUGAGAGUAUUCAAACCUCUUGCUGUAAAAAGUUUUUAUAUAUGUUUUGUAUGUAUUAUAUACUUUGUUAAAUUUACAUGUUUUAUAAUAAAAAUAGUACCGUA